CUUGAAAAUACUAAUGGAAUCAGGUGUUAACACUGAGCUUGACACUGUUAAACUUUUGAACGAGAUGGAUUAUAGGAACGUUCCUGAUAUCAUGGAGCUGCAGAUGUCUACCAAUUCUGCUUAUCUGCAAGAACGAAUGCUAUGCGGCGACCGUGGAGCUGGCUUGGCAGUUGUGACAAACAUGCUCAGUGCAAAAUCAUUCUCAACCGCCAACUCCACCCGCAAAGCCCUCUCGAAAUAUUAUAUGUUGCUGACUGUUAUGGACCGGUAUGUUUAACAAUAAUAAUGCCAUGUACAAACCGCCGACCCUUAUUUAACUUACUUGAUUGAAAAGAUUCUUGUAUGAGUCGAGUUUAGAUGAGACACCUGAUGCUGAUAAUUGGUGGCUCAACAGGGAAGUCUUCUGCAAGUCCAGUCUGGACAAAAUAGCAAAUAUGAAAUUUGCAGAGAUGGUUUGGGAGAUCAUCAUGCGUUUCGAUGGUCGCUUCUUUGGCCAAGCACUUCACCAUCGGACUUGGGGCACAAAAGUAACCGUGGGCCCUUUGUUUUUGAUCUUGCGGAAGUAUGAAGCCUACUAUGUUCACAUAUUUGGCCGCCAUUACAAUCUCCAAGAUGAACACCAUAGAUACACCACCAAACCGGAAACACAUACACUAAACCGGAUGAUCAGUAGAAUACUUGGUAGAGCUGGUAUCACAGUUCGCGCCAAAACCAAAAGCUCACCACCGCGCAUGAUUCAGUGUGCCGAGUCACUUUGCGUGUGCAAAGCCCUUGUCCAACCAGAGCAUUUCCAAUGCUAUCGAUAUCUUGUUUCGAAAGAGCUUUGGAAUGACGUUGAGCGUCUGUGGCAAGCCAAUUCUAUGAAUAUCAGACAGUCGUAUGUAAAAUGAGAUCUUGAAUCCAUUUAUAUGUAUAUCGGAGGGGAUGCGCUGCUCUUACCCCUCUGACCAUCCCACCCACCCUCGACGUCCAUAUAAUUAAAAAAUGAAUAAGUGUUUGAAUUGAGGGUGGUGAUAAUUAUUCUUCUAUAAGGACAUGUAAUUUCACCACCCUCAAUUGAAGCUCCCUCUCUUUUUUAUAUUUUUAUAAAUUAUAAACGCAUACGUAUGCUGCUAAGCUUAAUGCAUUGGAUCCAGAGGAAUAAUCUAGAAGCUGACGAAU